AUGAAGGGGAGUACAGCCCAGAAAAUACGCAAGUUUUCACGCCACCACAAAUCCGAGGAUCGUCUCCAACGCAACAAGUUCCCCGAGCACAAGGAGAAAAGUCGUAGCACUAGGCUUCUACAGCGAUGUCGAAGGCUCUUUCGGCACCUUCCAAAGGUUGGCAAAGGCCGAGGCGUCACGCAGGAGGCCGGUGAUGAGGGUUCGCCGCCUGAUGCGACAGACGCAGCAGCCGACGCAGAGGACCGCGGCGUUGCCCGACCUAGCCAUGACAUUUGUGUGCCGCACAAGAAGCACGAGGAUGAAAGCCAGCAGCCUCUUACGGUCAGAAAGAAUGCUGCAGCGCGCGAGACGCUCGUGGAAUCAAAACCGACGAUUCGUGCCGUCCGUGUCAGUACUGAACCAGCCGACAGCCUCAUGCCAGUCGACGCUCUCGAUCAUCAGAGUGUCGUACCAUCGGGCCCGUCUUCCACUCAUGAAAAACGGUUGACACCCAGGGGAGAACGGAAGCCACCCCCCGUUAAAUAUGAUUUCAAGGGAGCCGAGUCAAGUAAAUGGGAGUUGUUCGGAACAAGAAGGUCAUCCGUGGAAUCGAUGCGCUGCGAAAAGGCAGCUCGGGAAGAGGCGGAGUGGCAGGCAAAGAACAUGUUUUGA